CUUAGCUGAACAUCGCCGCCCAGCCCAUUUUAGAAACAGGUGCGUUUUCUUGCUCUGUAGCAGGUGUAUCUUAUAAUAUCAAGCUUAAGUCGAGUCAUAUGAUACCAACAUUGUUAUGAUCCUCGGAGAAAUCGUUGGAAUGUAUUACUCUUUACCGCUGAUUUGAACGUUCACAUCCGUAUAUAAAACACCACACGAUAGAUUUGUUCCCUGCCUCGUUUGCAAAUUGCCCGCUCUGAGCGCCGUCGCUCAAAGCAAGGACAAAGAAAGGUCAAAAGUGCCAACAAGAAGUUGGUGUGAAUCAGUAAACAGCCAACCAUGCCGCCUAAACCCAAAGGAUUGCUUGAGCGCCUGAAAGCUGGGGAGACCGUUGUCGUGGCGGAGGGAUAUCUGUUCGAGUUCGAGCGACGCGGCUACCUGAAGGCCGGAGCGUUCGUACCGGAAGUGGUGGUGGAACAUCCGGAACUGGUGAAGGGGCUGUACCGGGAGUUCGUACACGCCGGAAGUGACGUAGUGCUGGCAUUCACGUACUACGGGCACCGUGAGAAGCUGCGGGUUAUCGGGCGCGAGGCUGACCUGGAGCCCAUGAACCGGACCGCCCUGAGGCUGGCCCGGGAGGUGGCGGACGAGACCGGCACCCUCAUGGCGGGAAACAUCUGCAACACCACCGUGUUCGACCCCAACGUGCCCUCCACACACGAGGAGUGUAUCACUAUAUUCAAGGAACAGAUCGAGUGGGCAGUGGAGGAGGGGGCGGACUUCAUCGUGGCAGAGACGUACGGGAUGGUGGCUGAGGCCAAGCUGGCGCUGGAGUGCAUCAACAAGUACAGCAAAGGUCUCCCGGCGGUUGUGUGCAUGACGUUCCACAAAGACGCGGACCGGAGUGUGGACGGGCUCUCCCUGCUGGACUCCAUGCGGGCCCUGGAGGAGGCCGGAGCCGCCGUGGUGGGGCUGAACUGCGGGCGGGGGCCCUUCACUAUGCUGCCGCUGGUGGAGAGGAUAAAGGACAAGAUCAAGGUUCCUGUUGCCGCCCUGCCCGUGCCGUUCCGUUGUGACGAGCUGAGGCCGACCAUGCAGUCUCUGGUCAACCAUAAAGGAGAGCGCGCUUUUCCCACGGACCUUGACGCGUUCCUGUGCAGCCGCAGCAUGAUCGCAGAGUUCGGGCAGCGGUGCCGGCAGCUGGGGCUGCAGUACGUUGGGCUGUGCUGCGGGAACGCCUCGCACUUCACCCGGACCCUGGCCGAGUCCCUGGGCCGCACACCGCCCGCCAGCAAGUACUCCCCCGACAUGAGCCAGCACUUCGCCUAUGGUACCGACAAGAAGCUCCAUAGUCUCAACACUGAGAAAGUCGUUAAACUAUUGUAACUAUGGCACCGACAAGAAGCUCCAUAGUCUCAUCACUAAGAAAUUCGUCAAACUAU